ACAGAACCGCUUCCAGAGGGACCUAGUAAUCGCUCAGCAGUCUGAAAAAUAAUUAAGAAUAGAUACUAAUUAAAACAUGAAGAUAGUUCAGAUUAUUUUGUUUACUGCCGCAGUGACCUUUGUUCACUCAAGAUCCAGAGGCAAAGACUAUGAAAAAGAGAAAAUAUGCCAACAGUACUCAAUGUUGGGAAGAGAGAAAUUCAAAGCCAGUGGGAUUGUUAUUUACAGCCAGAAAUUCUCAACCUCUACAUUUGAACAAGUGAAUGCUGUUCUUGAUGCAAUGGUAAACCUGGCGGACAAUUGUUGUGCAGAGGGUGCUGAUCCUAACUGCUAUGAUGAGGGGGCUACUGCUAUGUCUGAAGUCUCUUGCAUGGAGGAUUCCCCCUUUCCGAAACACCCAGGAAUCACAAAGUGUUGUGAAGAACAGAGCCUGGAGAGAAAACUGUGUUUGGCUAAUCUGCGUGUCCUUUCAGAAGAGUUUCCUUCCCUCGAGGAGCCAACAGAUGAUGAAGUUUGUAAGCAAUUCACAGCAGAUCCCAAAGGUUAUAUGGAGAGGUAUCUUUAUGAACUGGCAAGAAGGCAUGGAAGUGUCCCGGCUGGAUUAGUACUAAAUGCUACUGACAACUAUUCAAGAAUGGUUGCAUCCUGCUGCAGUUCAUCUCAAUCCAAAGUCUGUUUUCUUAAAGAGAGACUACAACAAAAGGAUUCCAAGUUAUUUUUACGAUUAGCUUCCCAUCUUUGCCACAACCAAGUGCAUUUCAAAUCUCUCAGUACUGGAUUGGCGGUACGUUUUGGACAGAUGAUACCUAGUGCUUCAUUUGAAGAAGUCUUACCUGUAGCCGACUAUCUUCAACAAGGACUUGCAAAAUGCUGUUUCAAUCCAAACCCUGAAUGCCUUAUUAAAGAGUUUAUAGGAUUGAAGACAGUCUUGUGCACGAAUUCCACCUUACUUGCCAAGUAUGAUAAAUUAGAAAAAUGUUGUACUAAACCUUGUCUGGAUGUUUUACCCUGCGUUGAUUCAUUGGACGCCCAACCUCCUACUCAAUUAGCAGAAAUACAAGAGCCUGAUAAUGAAGAUCUCUGCAAAGAUGCUAGUUCUGUCACUAUUAAGAAGUACUUCUUUGAGAUUGGAAAAAGACACCAUUAUCUUCCAAUCCCAAUUCUUGCAACAAUUUUUGGAGGUUUCAACAAGAUGGUGAAUUCUUGCUGCAGUGCUGAGGACUCCAACACUUGCUUAAAUACUAAGAAACCCCUGAUGAAGAAAGAGAUUGGAACAUUUAUAUCAAAGGCUAAUGAGAUAUGUGAAAAUUAUCGGAAACUGGAUUUCACUGUUUAUAAAGAAAGGACGCUGACACAUUUUCAAGAGAAGUUACCUGGUGCCACUAAGGAUGAAAUCAACAAAAAAGUUGAACACCAGACAGAGUUUGCUUCAACUUGCUGUUUCCCAAAAGGACCACCAUUGCGGUGUCAGAAGCUGGUAAACACAAUUGGACACACAUGUGAAGGCGAUACAUGUUUAUUAAUUUAGGAGCUCUCAAUGGAAGUCCCUUUCUGGAUACAGCAUAUAUUUAAAAUUACAAAUAAUUGUAGAUAAUACAACAGUGUAUAGUAAAAACUAAAAACUAAUUGCAUUGGUAUGACGUAUGAACUUUCAGUCAUCAAAUAAAAUGAAGGAUAAAAAUA